CCACCGUUGUAUUUCUGCGCUUUAAAAGCGCAGCUUACACGGGGGCAGCGCAUCAUUUAUCGUUUGGCAAGUGUGCUGCUCGUUUACGGCAUCAACGUGGCCCGACCCCAGCAUCUCUCCACCCCUCUGCUCCACCCCACUCUGACCAGCUCGUCUUAAUUGCACCUGUGUCGACGAUUGUUAAUUGUUGUCCAAACAAAAAAAAAAAUAAAAUCAUUGAACGUGCGUGAAUUUUCGGGCAUUUGAUAAAAUUCCAAAAGACUGUUUUACACUGUUUUACUCUGUUACUGUCUUCUGUCUUCGUAUCUGUGAGUACCGUUAUGUGCACAGUCCCUUUAUUGUAAUGGAGAACAAUAAUACGAGUGAAGUAAGAGCGGAGGAUGGCGGCGACGAUAAAGCAGCCAAGGAGCAGGCAAAAGCUCAAGCCGAGCAAAAGAAACUGGAUGAGAGUGGGGAACUCGUAGCGUAUCCCAGGUCGGUGGCCUUCAUCAUCAGCAAUGAGUUCUGCGAACGCUUCAACUACUAUGGCAUGCGCACAAUUCUGGUGCUGUACCUCACCAAUAAGCUGGGCUACAACGAGGAGACAUCGACGGUGCUCUUCCACGUCUUCACCAUGCUGGUGUACAUCUUCCCACUGAUCGGUGCUCUCAUCGCCGAUGGCUGGCUGGGCAAGUACAAGACCAUAUUGUACCUCUCGAUGGUGUACAGUCUGGGGGCCUUGAUAGUCUCCUUUGGCGCCAUUCCGCUAAGCGCCAUGCCAACCAAAGCUGUGACCAUUGUGGGCCUCACACUGAUCGCCAUGGGCACAGGCGGCAUUAAGCCGUGCGUCUCGGCAUUUGGCGGCGAUCAGUUCGUGCUGCCCCAGCAGGCCGUGCAGCUGGCCAAGUUCUUUUCGCUUUUCUACUUUGCGAUCAAUGCGGGCUCCAUGAUCUCGACGACGGUGACCCCAAUCCUGCGUGCGGAUGUCCACUGCUUUGGCGAGACCGACUGCUUCUCGCUGGCCUUUGGGGUGCCAGCCAUUCUCAUGAUCGUCUCCGUGGUUAUAUUCGUGGCUGGGAAGCGGCGCUACCAGAUUAAUGCGCCCGCGGGAAACAUGAUCUUUGGCGUCUCGCAGUGCCUAAUGGAUGCGUUCAAGGGUUGGCUCAAGCUGCGCAAGACCGCGCCGAUGCCCAGCUUCCUGGACUACGCCCGACCCACGGUUGGCGCCAAGAUGGUGCACGAAACGAAGAGCCUGGCCAGGAUCCUCAUCCUGUAUCUGCCAUUCCCCAUAUUCUGGGCCCUGUUCGACCAGCAGGGAUCGCGCUGGACCUUCCAGGCCACGCGCAUGGACGGCCAGGUGCUGGGCUACCAGAUCAAGCCCGAUCAGAUGCAGGUGGUCAAUCCCCUGCUCAUUCUGGCCUUCAUACCGCUCUUCGACUACAUAAUCUAUCCCCUGCUGGCCAAGAUCGGCCUGCGGCGGCCACUGCAGAAGCUCACUGUCGGCCUGCUGCUGGCCGCCCUCGGCUUCUUCCUCUCCGCUGGCCUCGAAAUGAAGAUGGAACAGGCCGCCAGCGGCGCCUUGCCCAACGAUCCGCACACUGCCCACUUGAGGCUGUACAAUGGAAUGCCCUGCCGCUACGAGUUCAUCAGCGAUGUGAGCCCCAGGACAUCAGCCCCAGACGCAUCCUCCCGUAGCAUCGACCCCUUGGACAUGUGGUCCGAUCUGUCGCUGGUCGUCCGGGAGCCGGCAGAUUACACCUUCACGGCCCAGGAUCCGGCGGGCAAAUGCGCCAAGAUUCAGGGCCGGCUACAUCUGCGUCCGGGCAAGGCCACCAGCUACUUCCUGGCCGACAAUGGGCUACACGAGUUCCAGGACGGUCUGGACAGUGUCCCCAACAUCAACAGUCCCCCCCAGCUGCGGGCGCUGAUUAACACACCAACGGACGAGGGCCCCAUCAUGCUCAAAGGUCCGGGCGACUGGCUCCAUCCGCUCUCUCUGGACAGUCGUAAUCUCUCGCAGCUGCAUAGAGUCGUCGUUGGCUAUGGCGAGGUGGCUAUCAAUGGGAAGCGGGCCGCCAGCUUUCAGCCCCAGAACGGAGGACUCUACAGCCUGUUGGUGAACGGCGAUGCAGCGCUUGGCUAUGAUUACAAAUUGCUGGAGGUGGUGGCGCCGAAUGCGGUGUCCAUGCUGUGGCAGCUGCCGCAGAUUGUGGCCAUGACGGCGGCGGAGAUCAUGUUCUCGGUGACGGGGCUGGAGUUCUCAUUCACCCAAGCGCCGAAGAGCAUGAAGAGCGUGUUGCAGGCCUGCUGGCUGCUGUCGGUGGCCAUCGGCAAUAUGAUCGUGGUGGUUAUUGCCGAGUUCAAGCUGGCCAGCUCGCAGUCGGGCGAAUUUGCCCUCUUCGCCUGCCUCAUGCUGGUGGACAUGGUGCUGUUCCUUUGGCUGGCCCGCAACUAUCAGUACAAGGACCAAUCACAGGAAGCCGAGAUCGACGACGAUCUCGACAAGUCUGUGGGCGUGGGCGUGGGCAAGCCCCAAGCGUCCGAUAUCACGUCGAAUCACAAGGCAGGCAGUCCGCGCCUUGCGGGUGGGAUGUACUAUGAGCCGGGCUAUGGGUCCUAUCGCAACAAUGCCUACGAUAAUGAUUUCUCGGAGGCCUGAACCCGCCGCCAUCGGGCCGAUACUUAAUCCACAUUAUCCUCAGCGAAUCCUCAAUCGAAUUUAGUCUUAGUCGUCGCUCUUGUAUUUAUUUUACUUUUUGUAUUUUAUUUAUAGUUUACUGUAGUUACGUACGCUUUUAUUCUGUACUUUUCUUUAUUUGUGCCCAUUUUUUUGUUGUACAUAAAUAUUUACGAUUCGA